CUGGUGAAAGGAUCAACUGCAUUCACAGCAGUGACAGUCUUAACACCGCACACUACAAAAAACAUCUAAUUAAUCCCAGCUCUACUCCUUUUGGAGUCAACCAAAGCUACGACAGUCGAGUGGUGGGACGCACCACACAGAAGUUUACCAAAGAUCAGGGACCUUCACCUCACAGAAAAAUCAAAUUGGUUCAUACUAGCUCGUAAAAACGAUAUUGGAUAUUGUAACACAAGCUUGAACCCUUCUAUCACCACUGAGGAUUGAAUGUAAAGUCUUAGUUUGUCAAAGGCACUUUGAAGGUUACAAACAACCGGACGAAUUUAAAGUAGUACGGUGACAGGCUGUUUCAGGUUUGUUACUCUAACAAUCUGUCUUAACUCUCGAUAUCAGGUUGUUCACUCGUUUAAUAAACGGCAUCACUAGUUGUGGAUCUAAACUUACUUAAAAUCCCUGCAUCGCUGAAAAACAAUGGUAUCUGGAGACGAUUUAUGUAAAUUGGAUGGAGUGUCGGCCGCAGAGCUUUUUAGGCCUGAACUUGGUUUGACUUACAAUGAUAUAAUCAUUCUUCCUGGAUACGUUGGAUUUGGGUCUGAUGAAGUUGACAUUUCUAGCAGGAUAUCUAAACAAAUUACUCUGAAGGUUCCAUUUGCAUCCUCUCCCAUGGACACAGUUACAGAAGCAAAAAUGGCUAUUGCAAUGGGUCUUUCCGGUUCAAUAGGGUUCAUUCAUCAUAACUGCCCCGUAGACUACCAAGCGAAUGAAGUGAAAAAGGUUAAAAAAUACAAACAAGGUUUCAUCUUAUCUCCGAUUGUCGUUUCACCAAAACAACCGAUAAGCGAUAUUCUUAGUAUAAAAAAACAGUAUGGAUUUAGCGGGAUUCCUGUAACUGUAGACGGUUGUGUAGGCAGUCGUCUUGUUGGUUUAGUCACUUUACGUGAUAUGGAUUUUUUGGAUCCUAGUGAUUAUACAACAAGUGUUGAGAAGGUAAUGACCCCUUUCGACGAGCUUGUUACAGCUUUCUCUGGUGUCACUUUGACUGAAGCGAAUGAUAUUCUUCGGAAAAGUAAAAGAGGUAAACUGCCAAUCAUCAAUGAAAACGGUGAAUUGGUGUCAUUAAUUGCACGAACUGAUUUAAAAAAGAAUCGGGAUUAUCCUUUGGCGUCCAAAGAUUCAGAAAAUCAGCUUAUUGUAGGCGCAGCAGUUUCCACACAGAAGGGAUCUUUCACUCGUGUUGAGGCAUUAGUUAACGCUGGAGUCGAUGCACUUAUUGUUGAUUCAUCUCAAGGUAAUAGCAUUUAUCAGCUGGAUAUGAUCAAGCGUCUCAAAUCUUCAUAUCCCAAUUUACAAGUAAUCGGAGGCAAUAUUGUUACUUGUGCUCAAGCAAAAAACCUAAUCGAUGCGGGCGCUGAUGGUUUACGUGUUGGAAUGGGUAGCGGGUCAAUUUGUAUUACUCAAGAAGUUACAGCUAUUGGAAGAUCACAAGCUAAAGCUGUUUAUAAGGUGUCUGAAUAUGCUCACAAGUACGAUAUUCCUGUGAUUGCUGACGGAGGGAUUCAAAAUGCUGGACAUAUUGUUAAAGCUUUGAGUUUUGGUGCAUCUGCAGUUAUGAUGGGUGGACUUUUAGCUGGAACAACUGAGUCACCUGGAGAAUAUGUAUUUUCGGAUGGUAUACGACUGAAAAAGUACAGAGGUAUGGGAAGUCUGGAGGCUAUGUCUCAGCAUACAGAAAGUCAGGCUAGAUAUUUCAGUGAAUCGGAUCGUGUUAAAGUUGCUCAGGGUGUUUCAGGGACAAUUGUAGACAGAGGAUCUGUACACCAACUUGUACCCUAUCUAGUCGCGGGUGUUAAACAUGGAUUACAACAAGUUGGUGCUAGAAAUAUAACUGAAUUGUAUGAAAUGUCACAAAAUGGGAAAUUACGCUUUGAACAUCGAAGUCCAUCGGCUCAAAUUGAAGGUGGAGUGCACAGUUUACAUUCGUAUGAAAAACGCUUGUUCUAAUUCCACUUGUUCACCAGUCUGAAGUAACCGAUCAUCACACUAUUCGUCAAUAUAUUCUGAUGAAUUAUCUAAUUCUGUGUGUACUCUGUGUUGUAUUUUCAUGUUUGUAUUUGUUUAUUGUUGCUUAGCUACGCUUUGUGCAGUUGUGUGUUUUGUGUUUGGGAUGCAGUUACCUAAUCGAUCCAUUUGAUGCUAUUAAUUUCUAGAGUUUUUGUAUAGCUUAUCAUUUUUGUGUCAAAUUUUAUCGCAAGUUCAGAGCAGAGCGCAAUAAUGACAAAUUGAAAUCGUUCCGUUGUUUUGAUUUCUUCUGUUGUCCAAGAUUGUCUAAAUAUAUGAUGUUGAUGAGCACUUACUACCUUGUUGGAAAUGAUGGUGUAUUUGUAGCUCUGAUAGCUACAUAGUCUAAUGAGAAUUGGUUUAUCAAAACUGGCUAUGUUACACAGUAAAGCAACAGGGAAAGCUGGGGUAAGACUCGUCAGGUGGUUCUCAUGGAUGAUGCUCUGGAGUUUAAAACUAUGGGUACUGGGUUUGAGUCUCAUUGGGAACACCAUCACUCACC